AUGAGUGAUGUUGAUGCUGUCUCCUCCCUGCCAGCUGCCCUAGACGCCGGACACAGUGCUCUUGCGAUCAAAGUGAACCACCGAUCUCCUCCAGGUCCACGGUCUCCUAAGAGGUCUUCUCCAUUCCCUGCCUACAGGAGAGAGGGCGAUCGCGCCAAAGAGGUUGAUCCUGUUGCUGGGGCUGGCGAAGGGCCACCAAGCCCCAAGGCUGACUCGGAGGCAGAAACCAUAAUUCAAUCGGGCCGCGAGUCCCUGUCACCGGAAAAGAGACGGAAGUACAUACAGCAUGAACCGAAACGACGUGAUGAUGAUGACCAUGUUGAUGCCGUGGAGAGUGAUCUUCCUCCUAACGACCUGCAGGUGCGAAAGAGAAAGUUGACGGAUAGCGAUUCUUCCGAUGGACGCGACCGGGACCCACGUCCCCUGAGCCCGAAGAAAAGAAUAGCGUCUCCGCCGUCAAUUGUGAAAAUAGAGAAGCCUGAGGAUGUGCAGUCUCUUUCAAGUAGAGCCGAACUCUCGACUACCUCCGUACCCAGAACCUCGAGAAAGCGCAGCUUCAGUGAGACUAUCGAUGGUGAGGGGGACGCGGGCCGUCCUGCUCGCCCGAGAGAACCAGCAGCAUCUCGUGAACGGGAGCGGAAGGACUUAGGCAGUGUAACUUUCCCCCGGCCGGUAUCGACUGACCGGUCGGCCUCGCCAGUCCGAUCUACUCACAAGCGAACUGCUUCUGGACCCCAGCUUGGUGAUUUGCAACGAAAGAAGAAGGCACCGACGCCACUUAUUACUGGAUACCCACGACAAAGUUCGGAAGACCGGCAGUCUGUGUCAUCAUCCACAAGUGGUUCUCCGCUACCUAGUGCGCACCUUCGCAAGCUCGGAUCGGUUGAUGGUGCCUCAGCUUCUCCAGCGAGGCCAACGGGUCACAAGAAACAGCGCGAUCAAAAUGGUCGGACACGCCUUGCACGUGCUUGUGCAGCACAAGAAUUGGACACGGCCAUGGCAAGGCACGCGGAACGCCCAGAGGACUUAAAUGUUGCCGACAAUGCUGGCAAUACGCCUCUGCAGAUUGCGUCUUUGGAAGGCUGUGCACCCAUAGUGAAGUUUCUUUUGGAUUCUGGUUGUGAGAUUGAUACCAAGAACAUUGACAAAGAUACACCGUUGAUCGAUGCAGUUGAAAACGGCCACUUGGAUGUUAUAAAGCUUUUGUUGGCAGCCGGCGCCAAUCCCCGUGUUGUUAACGCUGAAGGUGACGAGCCGUAUGAUUUGGUCCCAACUGAUAGUGAAGAUUAUGAGGAAAUUCGUCGGGUUCUUGCGCAGGCCAAAGCCAACCCAAGACCUAGUCGUCGUUCCGAGGAGAGAGCUGGAUCCGAGAACAAAGAGGCAUCGUCUCGACGAGUUUCUGCCGAAAGUACGCGUGAAUCGCCACCUGUGAAUAGACAGCGUAGCCCGCCAUUCACUACGACGAAACGCAAAACUGUCCGAAGCGAGGCCACACGAAAUGAUCUCUUGUGGACCACAGCUACCCCAGAGAACCUACAAGCCUUCGCCGCCAAAGGAGAUAUCGUGGGGGUUGCCAACAUCCUCAAUGUGGGACAGAAGGCUGAUCCUGAAUCUAUGAUUGCAGCUGCUAAAGGUGGCCAUGACGAGGUGAUCUCGCUUCUGCUCGGUAUGGGAGACGCGGACCCCGAUCCCGAUCCGGUGCAGGGCGGUUCCCAGAAGCCUGGUUACAACACCCCCAUGCUCGCUGCGAUUGGAAGGGGCAACCUUGCCGUCAUCAGGAUUCUGCUCAACCAGCCAGAGUUUAACCCCACUCGUCGCCUUUACAGGGAUCGGACUUACUUCGAGCUUUCUAGGGAACGUCGAGCAGAAAACUGGGAGGACGAGUACGAUCUUCUUCGAGAUGCGGAUUCUGCCUCUAAGGAUGCAGCCUUGACAAAAGAGAAAAAGCGGGACAACGUAGCUCAUUUGAAGGAGAAGUCUAGUUCAGUCCGUCCGAAACCAGCCCAUACUACGGGUACAGAUCCUGAUAGCGCUCGUCCGGAUUCCCGACCGAAGCAGCCACUUUUGUCAAGGGAUGGUGAGUCCAGCCGUGGCGAGGAAGCUCCUAAGAGAAGACGCUUGAUUGCUGGGCGACCUCCCCAAGAUCGAAGGAGGCCUAGCUUGCCUUCCUCUGAUUCCUUGUCGAGCCGGGAUGAAAGCUCUAAAACGCGUAUUGAUCAACUUGAACCCCCAAAGUCCGGACAAUCACCCCUUAAACGUGGACGUAGCAGCGCGAGUCCCGAACGAGGUCGUGCCCCGGAACCCGAGCGGCAUUCUCGUGAUACUGUUCAGAAGAAGAGACGUGUUUUAUCUGAAGAUGGGACCCCCAACAUCACGAAUGGAAGCGUCAAAAAGGAUCAUGGAACAGGGGAUGCCAAGCCCCGCCGGAAGGAUGACGAAUAUCACCAUUCAGAGUCCAAGCCAGAUCCACUUCGUCAAGUGGACGCCCCAUCCCACAAGGCAGCUGAACGGAAGCCGGUUAAGGAGGAACAGGAGAGACAUGAUAUCAACGGCCUGAACGAUAUCCCUAUGGACGACGAUACCGAACGAGCUGAGGCAGAGGCAGAGGCACGUCGACAGAAGGAAGCCCGAAAGGCUAGACAAGAACGCCUGGCAGAGGAAGCUCGUCUCGCUGCCGAAGCCGAAAAGGCUCGGUUAGACAAGGAAGAGGAGGAACGCGCUGCUCAAGCGGCCCGCCUUGCUCAGGAAAAGGAAAAAGCUGCAGAGGAAGAGCGCAAACGCAAAGAGGCCGAGCAGCGACGCAUCAAACAAGCAGAAGACGAGCGCCAGAAGCGACUAGAGCAAGAAAGGUUACGCCUUGCCAAAGCACGCAGGGAGCAGGAAGAACAAGAACAGCGACGACGCGAUGCUUUGCCAAGUCGACUUCGCAUUGCAGCUAACCUGGUUGGGUCCAAUGACCCUCAGGCAAAAAGCCAUCUAUGGUUAAAGAAGUUCAUGCCUGUCGUCACCGCAGAGACUCGGCAACUCGACCCCUCCUGUGCCCCGGACGUUGCCGUAGAGAAAUGGGUACCUAAUUACCUAGUUGCCCCGUUACUAGCGACGAAUGACCUUCAGCUCGCACAGUAUUCCAGCUGGGAGAAGCGUGAUGCAACGCCGACACAGCGGAUGAAUCUCUGGCGCGUUACACGUCGGAUGCUUGUUCAGGCGGAUGACGCGGAUUUCAUGAACUCGUCCUUUGGACAAGUCAUGCAGAAGGAUAGCGAAACACGACCAAAAUACUUCGAUAUGGAACAUGUGUUUUGGGUCAAGCUUUCCGACUUUAUGGACCUUGUUCCCCACAUCCCUCAUCUCCAUGGACUCGACCUCCAGUUUCUGAAGAUGCAUAUAGAUCAGGAACCUACGGCGCCGCUAGCGUUCAACUUUCCACAAGCCAAUGGUCACAUUUCUGGGCCUUCCCAUGUUGAGGACACAGCUGGGCUUCCCAAUGGAUCGGACGGAGAAGAGACUGUUUCCAACCCCGUUGCCGCCGCCGAUGAGGUCGAGGUCAGCGCCGACGCCGGCGCCGGUGGCCAGAUGUCGGUCCUCGACGCCCUCAAGGGUGUCCUCCGCAUCUCCCUGAUCCACGACGGUCUUGCCCGUGGUCUCCGUGAGGCCGCCAAGGCUCUUGACCGCCGUCAGGCUCACAUGUGUGUCCUCAACGAGGGCUGUGAGGAGGAGGCCUACAAGAAGCUUGUCAUUGCCCUGUGCUCCGAGCACAAGAUCCCUCUCAUCAAGGUUCCCGAUGGAAAGAUGCUUGGUGAAUGGGUCGGUCUUUGCCAGCUUGACCGUGAGGGUAACGCUCGCAAGGUCGUCAACUGCUCUUGCGUCGUUGUCAAGGAUUGGGGUGAGGAGUCCCAGGAGCGCUCUGUCCUCCUCAACUACUUCCAGACUGAGCAGUAAAUUCGCUCUCGGAGGUGGGGUAGGGAUUGUGGCGUCAUGAUGGGCUCGUUCGGGUUCGAUUGAUGGGAUGGUUGUGUGUGCGGGUUUAUUUU